UUUCUACAAUCAGAACCUAAUUUCCAUUCUCUCUGUUGCCGCUUUCGUCCACUUGGACACACACACACACACACACACUCCUCUGUAACACUCGUCUACGUGCUGAUCCUCCGUCGUCGUCGGUCCUCCUCCGGCAGUCCUUCUCCGGUGAUCGUCAUCCUCCUCCAUUCAUCGGUUCUUAAAGUUGGUGAUUCGUCUACCAUUUCGUCAAUUCGUCUGCGGCUACUCCUCCUCCGUCGUUGGAGGUUGCUCUUUCGCCGUGAGUCGUUGCGCGUCCGUUAUUGCUCUGUUGGUUCUCUUCGUUGUGUUCUUUGUGUUCCUCAGCGACUCUCUCCGUUCCGGCGUCAGUCCUUCAGCAUUCGUCUGUUGCUCCUCUGCUAUUAUCCUCCGGUUCCAAACUAAUCCAAUAUGACUCGCGGAAUAAAACAUCGGAAGAAAGCCAAGAGCAAAAACAAGGGCUCUAAGAAAGAGAGUGGGUCUUCUUCAUCUUUGGUGCCACAAAUUCCAGCGAAGGUGUGGCAACCGGGGGUGGAUAAGUUAGAGGAAGGUGAAGAGCUUCAGUGUGACCCUUCUGCUUACAAUUCGCUUCAUGCCUUUCACAUUGGAUGGCCCUGUUUGAGCUUUGAUAUUCUACAUGACUCUCUGGGCUUGGUUCGAACAGAAUUUCCACAUACGGUAUAUUUCAUGGCAGGGACUCAGGCAGAGAAACCUUCUUGGAAUUCUAUUGGAAUUUUUAAAGUAUCAAAUAUUUCUGGAAAGAGACGGGAACCGGUACCUAAAGUUGAAACCGAUGACUCUGAAAUGGAUGAGGAUAGUGAUAGUGAUGCUGAUAGGGAGGAUGAAGAUGAAGGUGUUGUUCAGGGUCCCAGUUUGCAGUUACGAAAGGUUGCACACCAAGGAUGUAUCAACCGUAUACGCUCCAUGCCACAAAAUCCCCAUAUAUGUGCAGCUUGGGCUGAUACCGGUCAUGUACAGGUCUGGGACCUAGGCUCUCAUCUCAAUGCUCUAGCUGAGACCGAAACAGAAGGUGUCCAAGGAGUUGCAGCAGUUUUUAAUCAGGACCCAUUGCAUAAAUUUAAACACAAAGACGAAGGUUAUGCUAUAGACUGGAGUCCUCUUGUUUCUGGAAGGCUUGUAUCUGGGGAUUGUGAUAAUAGCAUUUAUCUGUGGGAGCCUACAUCUGCUGGAACAUGGAAUGUUGAUAAUGCUCCAUUUACUGGACAUGCUGCUAGUGUCGAAGAUCUGCAAUGGAGCCCUACAGAACCUCACGUUUUUGCUUCUAGUUCUGUGGAUGGAAAUAUUGCUAUAUGGGAUAUCCGUUUGGGGAAGUCACCCGCCGCAUCUUUUAAAGCACAUAAUGCUGAUGUGAAUGUCAUAUCAUGGAACAGGUUGGCUAGUUGUAUGUUGGCCUCGGGAAGUGAUGAUGGGACUAUUUCUAUUCGUGAUCUCAGACUGCUCAAGGAAGGAGAUUCUUUGGUAGCACAUUUUGAAUACCACAAGCACCCAAUCACAUCCAUUGAGUGGAGUCCACAUGAAGCCUCUUCAUUGGCCGUUUCAUCUGCUGAUAAUCAACUUACAAUAUGGGACCUUUCAUUAGAAAAGGAUGAAGAAGAGGAGGCUGAAUUUAAAGCUAAAACCAAAGAACAAGUUAAUGCUCCUGAAGAUCUGCCUCCCCAACUAUUAUUUAUUCACCAGGGACAGAAAGACCUGAAGGAAUUACAUUGGCACGCACAGAUUCCUGGAAUGAUUGUUUCUACUGCAGCAGAUGGAUUCAACAUACUUAUGCCUUCAAAUAUUCAGACCACACUGCCAUCAAAUGGAUAAGCUGUUUCUGUGCAAUCUACUUGAAUAUUGGAGAAACUUUCUUUGUACUCUUUUUUUGCCUUUGUUCUUGUUGUUUCCUUUUUCGCCCAUGCUCUGGCUUUGUAUGCUUCACUUGAUUUUGAUGCAAUUUUCGUGUAUGCUGUCUAAACUGAUGCUCAUAGUAAGGUUAGAAUGGAAACAAACAGGCUAAUUUACCCGAAUAUUUGUCUUAAUUUUGUCGUUAUAUUGGUACGGAAUUUUGAUAA